AUGAGUGACGCGACUUCACCCACACCCCGCCGCUCCUCUUCCGCAGCCCCGGCCACAGCUGCUGCUGCUGCUACUACUGCGCGGCGCCCUUCAAAUUCGAGUUCGGGGAAUAGCGGCGAGUUCGAGACUUGUUUGGAGCAGGCGGCCGGGUUCGUGGCGGGCGCAGAGGGCUUGGUCGACUCGGAAGAUAGACUGGACAAUAAGCAGAAGCGCAAGAGAACUAGUCCCGCAGACCAAGCCGUUCUCGAGGCCGAGUACAGACAGAACCCCAAGCCAAACAAGGCGGCGCGCGCCGAUAUUGUAGAGAAGGUGUCCUUGAACGAGAAGGAAGUGCAGAUAUGGUUCCAGAACAGACGGCAGAUCAACCGACGCAAAUCACGCCCACUUCUACCACAUGAAAUUGCCGCUUUUGGAUUACGGAGUAUGGCUGCAAUGUCUUCGGACCCUAUCACUAUGAUGGAUAUUGGACGCUGCAGCAGCCAAGGUCCAGAGGAGCAUGAACCAAGUUCGCAAGCAGAUACGGUCGCUAGUCAAGAAGUCGCCGACGUAGAGGACGUGGAGAAUGAGGUCGUUCUGCAGAAAGCGGUGGAAUCCCCCGUGGAACCAGAGAAAGAGGUUGAAGCCGAGGUUGAAGCUGCUGUGGAGGAAAUUGCUGCCUCGCUGUCCCCGCCAUCGUUGCCUCAGAUAUCCUCCGGCACAUUGGCCACUGAUUCCAGCUCGAUUUCAGCUGCCGAAAAAACCGUGAAGUCAUUAGGAUACUUGUCAAACCGUUGGAAUGCACACAGUAGCUCAGCUUCGACUCCAUCCUCGUCUAAAGCCCCCACGUAUGCCACACCACCUACAUUCAGAGCAACUCAACCUACUUCGUGCCCUGAACGCAUUGACGAGACCGUACCUACCCCUUCUUCUCACAUCCGAUUAUCGCUGUCAUUAGAUGGUAAAGCAACACUAGUCUCAACAAUCCCAUCGCCUCCUCGCCAGUAUGCCCCUCGUCCCCCUUUGUCAUCAGAACCUAUGACUCCACAAAAAAGAAUGCGCCUCCAAAGAAGUCAAAGUGCUCUCAACUUUGGGUCCCGCCCGUCCAUGAGCAAUGCUGGAGCCUCUCCGCUACUGCCACGCUUACCAACUGGACGCUCAAGAGAUGCUCGCAGCUGGGAGAAAAUAUGCGGUAAUGCUGAAGUUCCUGACGAACUUACUAAGCAAGCUGAGAAUGAGCUUUCUGGUUCUGCCGUAGCUGCUAUCAGCCUUCUACGAUCCAGCGGUAAUACUGCUCUGAAAGCUAACCCGAACAAGCGCAAUGCACCCUCUGCUAGGCUGGAUACUACUAAGCAAGGCAAGAAAGCAAAACUUGCAAGAACAGUGUUGAGCGUCGCUAAGCUGCAAAGCCCAAGCAAGGCCCCUCCAAAGGCCAUUCAGGAUCCUCACGAAUUCGGCAAAAAUAGACUGCUGCGUUCCCCGUCUGGAGAUUCAGACAAGGAGAACUGGGUGCCUCAGGAGAACGGAGCGAGCUCUCGCCGUAAACCGUUGCCAUCUGGCCGUACGGAUAAGCGGUCUAAAUCCCGGGUGGUGCUCGGUGACAACCACAGCAUCCCAAGCCACGCUGUAGAUUUUGGAGGAAAUAGAAGCCGAAAACGAAAAUCUGCAGUCGCACAGGGUAUUUUCGAGGAUCAGGACGAGAACGCAAAGGUUGGUGAAGAAGUUGAGAGCUUCAUGCGUGGUGAGAUAUGCCCUAGUAAAAAGGGUGAUUUGGACUGCAUUCAGGGACUGCUGUCUUUGAGCCAGGGAAACUGGCGGUAG